AUGUCUGGUUAUCUAUCGAACUUCUCAUUGAACAAGAUCACAGAUACACUUGCCAAUGCGGCUCAUAAGACUCAGGAUACUUUAAAUUCUGCAAUCGCUAACGUUAGUGAUCCACAAGCAAAGUUAUCCUUAAAGGCACGUACUAGGUAUUUGCAAGAAACGUUGGGGACUAUCGAUGAUAAAAGUAAAUUACCUCCACAAUACCAAUCUUUGGAGAAGAAGUCGGAUGCUUUGGAGAAAUGUUGCAAGAGAAUACUAUUAGUGACAAGAACUUUUGAAGUUGAAGGUUAUGAUUAUCCACCCAACUUAACUGAAUCAAUCUCUGAUUGGUGGUCCUUAAACAAGGACGGGUGGUUUGGUACAAAGAAACCGGAAAAAACGAAGAAUGAUUCAUCCGAUGGUUCUGAUGCAUUCUUACCUAGAUCAUUUUCUCAGGCUAUUUCAAAGGCCGCUAACGAUUGUAAUUCAGUCUUUACCAAUUUACAAGAACAUGGUGAUGAAGAUGAAGAAGAUGAAGAUGUUUCAAAUGUAGCCAAGAUGUUUGAUUCAUGGUCGAAAUGCUAUAAAAAUAUCGACGAAGGUAAACAUGAGAUGGACUCGAUGAUUCGUAAGGAAUUUAACACGAAAUUGGAAAAGAUCAUUAACGAGGACUUCAAAAAGGUUCAUGCUUCACGUAAGAAAGUGGAAGAAUCAAGAUUGAAAUUCGAUACAGUUCGUUAUGAGAUUAAAUUGAAAGAAACUGAAAAUGCUAAGAAAUCCACAGAGACCGAUGAAGCAUCAAAGGAUGAAACGAAGACGGAGGAAGAACCUCCUAAAACUUCGGAAGAGGAUAAACUAUUGGAGGAACUGGAAGACGAAUUUGUCUCUAACACAACUGCUGCUGUCGAGAUAAUGGGUGAGGUAACAGAGAGUGCCGAGAUCCUGGGCUUAGCCAAACUAUUCCAAAAUUUCCAAUUAGUAUACUUCAGGCAAUGUGUUCAAGAAGUUGAAGCAAGUUUGAAGAUCCUUGGUGCACUCGAGAGCGACGACAAUUAA